CGCGCACACUCACACUCGCACACACACUCCGCGCUCUGCGCUGCCAAAGAGCCUCCUCGCAAACACGGGAGGAAAACCAACAGCAGAGCGCUGCGUGUUUUGGACCGAGAGGAGGAGGAACGCGGCCCGGUUCUGGGGAGAGUGAAUAUUUUCUUCUCCGGCCUCUUCGCGUCAGGAGUCGUCGUGUCUCCUCGGUGAACUCUUGGCUGCUUCGUCAUGCGCCUCGACUCUGUUUCUGUUGGACUCGAUGGUCUUCGACGCUGAGCGCUCCGGAGCCUUCAGCUGGGAUGUAGCGGAGGACAAGCCCACCUAAAGCAGCGUCCCCCGUCCCCCCCGUCCCCCGUCCCCACCCCGACCCCCUUCUCCACACACGGGAUUACACGGCGAUAUUCCGCGUGAAGAGGUGCGUGGAAACAGGAACACUUGCUUCUGAAAGACUUUGUCUUUUCUCUUCUGAAAACUUUCAUUGUGUGUUGCCUUGUGAUGACUCCCGCCCGGAGCUCAUAGCCGGACCCCCUUUCGUGUUUCCCACCACAUCUCUGCCCCCCACCCCAAUGAUGACUAUGAGCUCUAUACCGGACACUUUGGUCCCGCCCGAUCCGUCCAAAUCGGCGUUCUUGGAGUUCAGCGGCCACAGCUACCCGGGACACCCCGGACACCAGCAGCCCUCGCCCGGCCUGUCCCACAACCACUACCCGGUCCACGGUCUGCACGCCGUCGGGCCGUCGCAGCACGACGGGCCCUUCUCCUCCGGCGCAUCCUCGUACGGUCGCCCGCUGGGAUACCCGCCGUACCACAGCCCCGUGAGCGCGCACCACCCCGGGGCCUACCUGCCGUACCAGCACGGGGGUCACGGCGGCGCGCUCGGACACACCAGACUGGAGGAUGCCGGGUGGACAUUUAUCUCCUCUCCCCCCUCCUCCUCCUCCUCCUCCCCAGAGCACGAGAAGCCCACGGCGGUGAUAGAGAACGGGGAGGUGAGGCUGAACGGGAAGGGGAAGAAGAUCAGGAAGCCUCGGACCAUUUACUCCAGCCUACAGCUCCAGGCGCUCAACCAGCGCUUCCAGCAGACCCAGUAUCUGGCCCUGCCCGAGAGGGCCGACCUGGCCGCCAAGCUGGGCCUGACGCAGACACAGGUGAAAAUAUGGUUCCAAAACAAACGGUCCAAAUACAAGAAGAUCAUGAAGAACGGACCCUGCGGACCCGAGGGAGACCACCUAGCCCCUCCAGCGCCGUCCUCCUCCUCUCCCUGCUCCCUGUGGGACAUCAGCAUGGCCGCCAAAGGUGCACCGGUCCACUCCGGAGGAUAUAUGAACAAUUUUGGGCACUGGUACCCCGGGCACCAGCAGGACUCCAUGCCAAGGACUCAGAUGAUGUGACAGGCAGGAGGAUGCAACACUUCCAGGACAAAUUAUGGAUUCGUGCCAGCAACCUGACUGGAGCCAUUGGGCAUACAGACAAUUUUUUUGAGUCUGAGCUUCUCUGGAGGCAAAAAUAGUCAGGGAUGUAGUGUGGUGAACAGAUACUGUGUAUAGGUCUCUUUAAGCUGAAAAAGGAAAAGGGACAUAGAUAAGAUAAAAUGUAUAUUAUUCUAACACGAAACAUUAAAAAUUCCGUACAAAAUAUUAAUUUAAAUUUACGAAUUAAAAAGCAACAUGUUUACUCACAUGCUAAAAUAUUGAAGCCAAAAUAUCCCGGAUACAAGAGCCGCCAUCUUGUCCCUUUGACGUCAUAUGGAGCCAGAGUGCACGCAGUAGUGAUCGUGGUUGGGAGCCACAGUGUCGAGGUCCCGCCAGUACUCAACCAAUUGUGAGUCUCAACUGUCAAUGAUGAUGUUUCACUUUAUUUAAUAGCAUCAAAUAAUUAAUUAAAACCCAACUUAUCCAAAACAUGAAGAAUUCAACAUACAAUCCAUGUGCUAAGAACUGACUUAAUGACGGAAACCAUCUUUGGAAAAACAAAAUUAUUUGGUGUGUACUUCAAUUUAUAAGCUUGGCCAAUGUCCCAUUUGCUAACAUGGAGGAGGUGGGCUUUAACACAUAAACCACAGCCAGCCACCAGGGGGCGAUCAAAAUGUUUUGGCUUCAGUUUUGGGGAGCUGCCCUGUCGUCCAUCUUAAUAAACAGUCUACGGUUCACAUUAGAUUGAGCAAAUAAUUGAGUAUAAGUGGGACACAGAGCCAUAGCCCUCUGGAGCAAACGUAUGAAGACACAUUGUUGUUUACAGGAGUUUUGUAAGUAAGCUUAGAUUCGCCCCCCCCCCCCCCCC